AAAGCUGAGGCUCAGAGAGACUUGGUAACUUGCUGAAGAUCACACAGCUAAUAAACAGGAGACCCAGGGCUGGAACUUGGUCUGUCUGAUCCUGGAGUCUGUGUUCCUACUGCUGCAGACACCUCUGCUCAGCCCACCAGGAUGGAAACCAAUUACCUGAAGAGGUGCUUUGGAAAUCACCUGGCCCAGGCUCUGGCAGAAGUGGCGAUGGUUCAGCCCAGUGACCCCAUAGAGUACCUGGCUCACCGGCUUUAUCAUUACAGGAAAACGGCGAAAGCAAAAGAACAGGAUAGACAAGAGAAGACCCAGCUGCAGAGAGAAUAUGAAAAUAGCCUCAAAGAAACCAGAAUGGCAGAAAUGCUGAAGCAAGAAGAACGUGCGAUUCAAGAGCGGUAUGAAGAGUGUCACCACCAGCUAGGGAGGAGAAACUCGGCGGUGGGCACACAACCACAUCCCGUGCCACUGAAAUCUGUAGCAAGUUCCUUGGAGAAGACUAACUUCAUGCAGGAGAACCCAGAACCCCUUGAGAAGGAAGCCUUGAGGCAGGAAUCCCUGCCAGGAACUUCCAAUAUGAUUCCAAGAAUGCCUCAACAGAGUCCUUCUUCAGAGCCAUCUGUCUCCAGCCAGGUUGACUUGAACACUGGAACUCCACAAGAAAUAAAUUACCAGGCUGUUCAGCAUGAAAUUGCUCUUGAAAUUCAUCCUGGCUCCGAAUCUCCUCCCUAGGUUGUAGAAGGUGGAUGAUUCUAAUGAUGCUUCUCUCAAAGCUACAAGCUGAGAAAGUGGCCAACUCAAAGAAUUCUUACUUGAAGAUGAUUAGCUAUGUGGAUUAAACCAAGAUAUGAGAGGCUGUGGAAGGAGGUGUCUACAGGGACUCUCCAACCCAAGUCUCAUCCUGAUAACCAUGAAAACCCCUUAAUUGUGUGAAGAUUUGAACUACAUAUAGGGUAAAAUAAACUCAUAAUAAAGAUUUAAAAUAAAUAACUAAA